GGGAUUGGAAUGGAAUCAAUCAAGUGAAAGAUUUUCACAAAUGGUGACUGAACACGCGCCACUUUGGAAACACCGGGGAACUGCACCAAUCUCCUCUUGACAUGUUAUUAUAUACCCAUUUCAGUUUCAGCAUAGCCCAUUAAUCUACACCAUCAUUCACCAAUUAAGCUCAAAUAUUUAGAACCCAAAACAAAAAAAAAUCACUCUUAUUCCGUUUUGGGUCUUUUUGUUUUUGUUUCGUUUGUGUUCGGUAUUCUUUAUAGGCUCUCUCUCGCUUUUGCAACCUUCCCAUCCCUAUUUCCGAUCAGAGGAUCAUGACCUGUUGUCCUACGCAUUCAACAAGGAGAAUCAUUUGGGUCAAAAAGUAACUCAAGAUGGACAGUGAAGUGAGUCAUCAGCCAAAGCUGGAACGAUCAAGGACAAGGUGGACACCAUCCCUCGACAAGAUAUUUGCGGACUUGGUUGUUAAGCAUAUACAACUAGGGAACAGACCCAACAAUGUUUUUGACAAGAAAACAUGGAAUCUCAUUCGCGAAGAAUUUAAUAACCAAACUGAUCUUAACUUCAAUAACAAUCAAUUGAGGAAGCACCUGGAUGUUCUGCGGACACGCUUCUAUAAUCUGAAAUCAGCUCUUGAUCAAAAUAAUGACUUUGCUUUGGAUGAUUCGUGUUGCAUUGGGUUUGACCUGUGGGAAGAUAUUGGGGCACAGCCUAGGCCUGAAAUGGUCAAAGUCAAGGACUGCCCAAUAUAUGAGCAGCUAUGUGUAAUAUUCACAGAUUCGGCGGCUGAAGGGAAAUAUGCACAAUCCAGCCACUAUGAAGAGUUGGACAAGUCUGCUGGAAUAGAUAAUGCAGGAUUGCAUUCAUGUCAGGAUGGUGGAACCCCACUUUCUGCAAACCCAUCAUCAUUGAAACCUGCGCAAGGAAUCAUGUCAUCAGCGGAAAGGACAAUGAAGAAUAAUGCGGAGAAAAAAAGGAAGCGUCCAUCUGAGACACACUCUUCUUCGGGUCAAAGCCGAAAGGAUCAAGAAAUAAAUAAUGCUAUGGCAGAAGCCAUGUUUGAAAUGGUUGCUGCUUUGAAGUCUAGGGCAGUUGCAAAAGCACCUAGUGAUGAGAGAUUUACCAUCACUAAUUGCAUUAGAGCACUGGACGAGAUACAGGGCAUUGAUGAAACUCUCUAUUUUGCUGCAUUGGACCUCUUUGAGGACCCCAAUUUAAGGGAAACAUUCAUCUCUCUGAAAGGCAACAACAUCCGGUUGACAUGGUUGCAAGGGAAGUAUGGUAAAACAGCCUGCAGUUAGUUUUGGGGACUGUGCGACUUUUUGGCUAAUUUGGGAAAUGUAAAUGUCAGUUUUAGUAUUAUAAUUUUGCUCUAGUGAACUAGAUUGUUCAUAAUAUGUUUUCUUUUUUGUGGGGAAAUAGUUUGUUUAUAAAUGCUGCUAAUCAUAUUUUCUGUUAUAGUUUGGUUCAUAAUUAGUUUCAUGAUUCA